AACAACCGCAGCGGCAGCUUCGCAGGGCAGGAGGAGUUUGGUGGAUUCCCCGCGUUCAGUGCCCUGCGGCGGUGUUUGACGGAGGAAAUGCGACCCGACCAGGACUCGAUGGUGAAGAGCGUGUCCAUCGCGGACCGGCUGGCCGCCCUCAAGAAGAGCGGCGAGGAUGAUUGGCGCAAGCGCGUAUCCAAGAAGGACGUCCCCGACGACGUGCGGCGGGAAAAUCUUGUCAAUAAUGCACUUCUCGUUGCCAAGUCCCUCGAGAGCCCGGUGAAGAACAACUCACCUCGACCGUUCAGUCGGCCGACCGAUCUAGAAGGGGGAAACAUUUCCGACCGCUUGGGACAGAUCAAGACAUCGUCGGAGAACUGGAAAACCCGCGUCGAACUAUCCGAUGCAACGAACUUCACCGUUGCUGGCCGCAUGGUCCCCAGCAAAUCGCCCAAGUUACCGUUUAUCAAGUCGGACACGAAGCAGUCGCCCCCGAUGCACGUGUUCCGCAGCGUCAACCCACCGCAGCUCGGGCUCGCCAAGAGCCCCUCGAUGAUGGUCUCCUCCGUGGUGACCUCCUCCACCGUGUACGGCCAGCAGCAGCACCAGCAACAUUCACCGAACCUUUCUAGUCCCGCUCCUGCUGCCGCUACUGUGCCCCAACAGCAGCGUGUUGUCGAGAGUCUUAUGAAACGCAGCAUUAGCGUGCCCGGGAGCGUCUCCGUAGGGACGGCCGGCGACCUACACUCAUCCACCUUCGGUUCGAAGGUGUCCAUUCCGAAGCUGGACGAUGAAAGUUUCGGCAAGUUCUUCGGGAAGGUGGCAACUCACAGCAGCAGCACCAGCAGCGGCAGUGCGGUCAGUUCCUCGAGCUUCAAAACGUCAUCGAUUUCCUCGCUACUCAAGGCGUCAAGUAGCGGCGGGGACCCGGGCCAAGUGGUGACGCUCAGUGAUCUCGACACGCUCAAGACGAGCGGCGCAAAGCUGACGCAGAAGAAGGUCGUGCAGGGACCGCGCGGUCGGCGAGCGAUGUCCCGUAACCCACUGAAAACGUUGGCCGCCCGAGACGACCUGCAGACGGAGUACACCGAAAUCAAGACAGGUAUCGCCGACAAGGAGUUGCGAAGACUCAAACUAGAAGCAAUCGCCAAAACUAGUAAUCUGGCCGUCGAAGCGCUAGCCGGCUUGGCGUCCGUUGAAGAUUUCAAAUCGGUCAGUCUCAAGUCGAGCACGCUGCCCCUGAACCAAUCGUUUGUCCCCUACAAACCGCUCAUGCUGCUGCAGGUGAAGGGCCGCCGGCACGCCCAAACCCGGCUCGUCGAGCCCGUGGCCCGCUCGGUGAACCGCGGCGACUGCUUCAUCGUCGUGACGGCCGACCGGCUGCUGGCGUUUCUCGGACAGUACGCGAACGUGAUCGAGCGGUCACGGUGCAAGGAAAUCUGCGAGCAGAUUGUCCGCGACAAAGAUCUCGGCUGCACGGCCGCCAGCGUCACGUUUCUCAACGAUGGUGGCCCCGGCCCCGGUGGCGCUUCGGAGCGUCACUGGCAUGAGUUCUGGCAGCUGCUCGGCCGCGACCGGGAGGAACCCGAAACGGCGGCGCCGGUGUGCGAUUCGGGACACGCCGACGAGGACGAGCUGUUCGAGGCGUGCUUGAUCGAGUCCAACAUGGUGUACGAGUUCGCGGACGAUUCGCUGGUGCCGGUGGCCGAACUCUGGGGCACGAUACCUCGCAUCGGGACGUUGGAUGCCCACAAGGUGCUCGUUUUCGACUUUGGCUCCGAGCUGUACGUCUGGAGCGGCAAAAAUGCUCCCUCGGAGCGCAAAAGGGCCGCGCUGCGGUUGGCGCAGGAACUGUACGCGGCCAGCUACAGUUACGACGAGUGUCAGCUGAAUCCGCUCAACUUUGCCGAACUGGCCGGUGAUCGACCACGGGACGCCGGUGUCCGUCCCGCGAAGACGGGCAAUGGGCGGCCCGAGUGGGCACUGAUCGGCCGGGUGACCCAGCACAUGGAGACGGUGCUGUUCCGGGAAAAGUUUCUCGAUUGGCCCGACAUUACGGUGCAGUUUCGUGACGAGUUUCCGCUCGUCGGACAGGGAGGCGGCGACGGUGGCUCGAUCGGGAUGGAAAUCAAGGCCCUCGAUGGUGGACAAAUGUAUGGUCGUGUCAACGAGCCGUACGCCGAGCCAAACCUGGUGCUGGAGCACUCGAACCUGGGGCGAGGCAACUUCUAUUACGAUCCCGAUUCGAUGCGCCACUUUGACGUGCUGACGCACUCCGUUACGCAGUGGGAGAUCGACGAGUACGAGCACAAACCGGUGGCGGGCGGCUCGCUUGGCCACUUCUACUCCGACGCCAGCUACACCGUGCGCUGGAUGUAUCAGAUCAGCGUGACGGUGCGCGAGCUGAGCGGGAAGGUGUCGAACCGCAGCACGGUCGUGGGCCGCGAUCGGUGCGCGUACUUCACCUGGCACGGCAAGAACGCACCGGCCAACGAGAAGGGAGCGGCCGCCCUGCUGACCGUCGAGCUGGACAAGGAGAAGGGUUCGCAGGUGCGUGUGGCCCAGGGCCAGGAGGCGCCCGCUUUCGUGCGUCUCUUCAAAGUGAUGUUCGUUCACCGGAGCCGACGCGGUUCCGAGCCAAAGUGCGGCUGGCGGAUGUACAUGCUGUCCGGGAACGAGCCGGAGGAGUGCGUUUGCACCGAGGUCGAGUGCAGUAUGCGCCAGUUGCGCUCCCGUGCCGCCGUGCUACUCGUACACGGAGCCCGCGGACGGGUGCUACUCUGGGAGGGCUGUAAGGCGUUGCCACACGCACGGGAGCUGGCAGCGAACACCCUGAAGCUGGUGCUGGAAGCGAAAUCCCCGGAGCUGUUCGACGGCGCUACGGUCAGCAACCUGUCUUCGGUGGUGCUAGAGGAGGGCCGCGAAACGGAGGAGUUUUUCGGUGCAGUCGGUGGUCAAAAUCGCCAUCACUACCACAGUCUGCUGGGAUCGUGCCAAAGCUACGACUACACACCGCGCGCCUUCCACCUGACGAGCAUCAACAACGGGAACUUCGAGGCGACGGAGCUUCAGGGUGCGCUGCGCUCACGGGACCGCCCGACGGCCUAUCCGUUCCGGCAGGAUGAUCUCUACCUGGCGCGCCAGCCAACGAUCUUUCUGAUCGACAACGGGCACGUCCUGUGGCUGUGGCAGGGUUGGUGGCCGCACGAGGACGGCUCCGGCAGUGACAGUGGCGGCAGCGGCGAAACCAAUCACAGUAGCUUCGACAGCAAUCGUUCCGGUGAAAACCGUUGGCAGAUGGAACGGCGCGUUGCCAUGGAAACGGCCGUCUCUUACUGGAAAGCGAAACACAGUGCGGCGGACACGACGGUGAAUGGGUUCGUCGUGUGGGCUGGGUUGGAACCGCUUGAAUUCAUUGCCAUGUUCCCGGAGUGGAUUCAACAGGAUGACGUUGCCGAAAUUAGUGUACAGGAUGGUCGUAAAUCGACACCGCAACCGAUCUACGACAGUCUUUCGCUGCUGUCACGCAAAGAGUACCCGGUGGCCGUUCUGCUGGAGCGCCCGCUGCCCGAAGGGGUCGAUCCAACCAAACUCGAACUGUACCUUCACGAGCACGACUAUCCGGAGGCGCUCGGAAUGCCAAAGGCGGAGUACGAUCAGCUGCCAGCCUGGAAGCAGACGAAGCUGAAGAAGGAGCGCGGUUUGUUUUAACGAGAUAUCGGAGCCGCAACCGAGAGAAGCUAAAUUGUCAGGAGGGAGGGCGGAACUUUCAGAUUUCAGCCAGAUAGAGGAUCAAGUGUUCUCCUGUGUGUGUGUGUGUCUCUAUGUGUGUGGCCUGUAGUAAGAUUCGUCUCUCUCACCCGCCGCCAGGGGGCGCGCGCACUAUAUUCGUGUUCAGUUUCUGUGCUAUUAUUUUAUGGCGGGGUGUUUUAUGGAAAUUACUUAUCAUUCGUCCGAGUGUGUUUUGUCACGGGUUGGUCAGCUUAACUGUUGUCCCCCCGCACCCCUGUGUCGUGUUGUGCGUGAAGAAUGUUUUAUCUUCGAGAGAUUACAUGGCGAUAACUUUUUACGUUUUGUUACAUUUUUUUUAAUUUUUGUUUACUCAAUGCAUGCUGUCUUUCCAAGUUUUUAAUAUAAGCACAUUUUUGUUUUAGUGUUUGAUUAUGUUUUCUUCUGUUCUCCCAUGAACGCAAGCGCUCAGCGAACGUAACGUUCACUCAUCGUUUCUUGCCAAUCGUUAUAACGUGCACCUCUUCUCUGUUGCGCUCUCGGGUCCCAGGUUUUUGUUUUGCCUACAGCUGGAAUAAUUCAAUAAAAAAUAGAGAGACCCUUCACAUUUUCAGUUUUCGUAUAGUAAUCGACCGCCGCCGCGAACAAUUGCUAGUCUUUAGACACGGUUCCCCGCAGUUAUGCACACAGCAUCCACAUAACGGUGUCUGUAACGUUGUUUUUUUUAAUUAUCAUUCUCAUUAUUCAUAUUAUUUGCCUGUGUGGUGUAGUUUUUUUUUGUUCGUUACCUAUGACAUACUCUUUUAUUUAUUACUUCCGUCACAGUUGCCGCGUCACCGUUAGUGUCCUAGUGAUGAUGAUAGAGUGUAGCAGACGCGAAAGGCUUUCCCCCGUUCAGGAUGGUACAGGUUUCGAAAUUGUGUGAGAAAACUACCAGCAGAAGGAGCACUGUGUUUAAGGCAUAGUGAAAGCAGAAACAAUAGAGGUCACUAGCGAUCUGUGAACACGGAUACUUUGUACUUAUCUCGAAAACAUAGACCACAUACGGGGCGGCAUCAGAGCGAGCAAGAGACAAGUAGGCUUGUGGAUUAUUGUGAACAUAUGUUUUAAGUAAUAAAAAACGAAGAUUUCGAAACGACGACACGACGAGGAACGGUGCUCAAGACCAGGAUUGGUAUACAUGUAUGCGUAGCAUGAAGCGUAUGUGUGUGUGUGUGUGUGUAUACACGUGUAUGAUAUUUUUACUUUAUACAAAUCAAGCAAACAAGUUUUCCUUAGACGCGGGAUCAAGGCCGGUCUCUCGGGGCAACGUACUCAUUGCCUAAACCUUAAACGACGAAGCACACGGAAAGUGUGGAAAGUUCUCUACCAGUAGCCCUCCAAAGUGACAUGGAGCUCCAUAUUUUAUUAUUUUAAACAUUUCAGUUUACAUCACCAAGAUUCGAAGCUGGGUUUUUUUGUAGUCACAGCUGCAGGCAACCAGACGCCACAAGGCUUCCGGAAGGCGAAAGAUUGAAUUCAAUAAAGAACCUGAAAAAAGUAGAAUUGUGUGCAAUAUAACAUGUGUGAUCGGCAGACGGAGGAACAGGAGGGAAAAACACGCAGCAGAGAUAGCGCCCAGACUUUCUUGUCACCUUUGAGUUUUCUCGUUUUGUUCAUUGUGUGGACCUUGCUGCCGCCCAGCCACAUAUCUUCUCUGCUUUCUUUGUAUAAAAUAUUUACAUUGAUAUUUGACUUAUUUAGUAGCAUAGAGUAGCCGAUAACGAGAGUAACGUGACACGAACGAUAAUGUGACGAAAAAGGGGGGUAACACGGGAAAGAAGUUAACCCGGGGGCCCGGAAACUAAAUGAACCCAAAUAAAAACCGUGAA